AUGGAAGUUGACCAAAAUGGCAAUAUUGAUUUAAGAAAUAAGUAAAAUUAACUAAAUGGAACAAGAAGUCAGUAAGAAAUUGUUAAAUAGCCAGGCUACCAAAAUGCAUAUUAAAAGCCAGAAAAAAUGAAUGCUAUAUAACAUCGAACUGUCACACCCAACAGACCACCAUAGAUUGUUCAAGAGAUAAGAAAUCAGACCUAGCCGAAACCAGAUGAUCCUCAAAUCAAUACACUUCCUUAUGGUAACGUUAAGUAAUCUAAUUUAUAGUAAAUAAAUCAGAAUACAAAAGCCAGACCAAUCGAUGGCUAUGAAGAUAUAAUAAAUCAAGAAUUCUCAUAAAGUAAUAAAAAUUUGUUGUCUAAUCAGAAUUAAUAAUUGAAUAAUAAAAAGCCCAAAGUGCAGGUAUCAUUGGAGAAAACCUAGCCUACCAAGCUUAAUUAUGAACUACAUUCUAAUCAAAUUCAAUUAAUUGCGAGAGAUAGGGAAGGUUUAAUUUUUUUCUGUGGCAAUGAUAAAAAACUUACAAUAUACAAAAAUAACCUUAAAUAAAUUGACUCUGUUUUAAAAUUAGAGGAUUAACCAAGAUGUUGUUUGUCCUAUCUCAAAUAUAUAAUAAUAGGUUUGUGGAAUGGAAAAAUAAAUAUUUAUGAUAGCACUUAUUUCACCUAUUCAGAUCCAAGAGCAAUGGUCUAAAUAUAGACUAAGUCAAUUUCAAACAAAAUGAUUGGUAUUUAAAAUAAAUUUAUAAUAUGCGGUGAAUCAGAAGGGUAAAUUGAAAUAUUAGACAUAGAUAAAGGAUUCGCAUCAAAGGUUAUUUCAAAAAAUAGUGAAUGCCCAGUGCUAGAUAUGUGCUAUGUAAAACAUCAAAAUCAAGAUAAUUUAUUUGUAUGCCGCUAUUAAGAAGGCCUCCAUUUAUUUAGAGCACUUGAGAAUGAUAGUCCUUUAAACCUUAGACAUACAGAGGAAUUAUUGAGAGAAAAUGCAUUUAGUGCAAUAAAUUAAAUAAAUGAAAGUGAACUUCUUCUUGCAUGUUCAGACUACAAUGAUUAUAAGAAUGAACAUCUUUUGGUGUAUAAUAUUAAUGAAUAGAAAGUUACCAAAAAAAUCAAUCUUAAAAAUUCUAAUGCAGUAAUCUAGUCAAUUCAACUUGUGGAUGCAAAUGAAAAUCUAGACCAUAAAUAUAUGCUACUGAGAUCAAAAGAAAGUCUAUUAUUAUUCAACACAACCGAUUACAAAGAAAAGUUGAUUAUGCCAAUGUAAUACUAGGCAUUAUACCCUCAUCACGACUCAAUGAAAUCGUUUUACUCAGAAACUGGAGAUACACUUUACAUACUAUUCCUUGAACUCGUUAAAAAUUCUUAUGAACUUAAUGGUAAAAUGUUAAGCCUUUCAGAAUAUACUUAUAAACUGAAACCCUGA